GUUUAUAUAUUCAGAAUGGAGUCAAGAAAUACGUCUAAAACUUAUGUAUUAGAUAAACAUACACUUGAAGAUAUAGCUGAAACAAUAAUAGAAAGUGGUUUUCAAAAGGACGCUUUCUUUAUUCAAGAUUUAGAUGAAAUUCGCCGAAGAAUUGAGUAUUUCAAUCAAAUGCUGCCUCGCGUUGCUAUCUUUUACGCAAUUAAAUCAAAUGAUAAUGAAGCGAUUCUAAAGCUAGCAGCCUCAUUAGGAUUGGGUUUUGACUGUGCGACUCCAGGGGAAAUUUAUAAAGUUCUCAAACUCGGCGUUCACCCAAAGAGUAUAAUAUUUGCGUCACCAAUCAAAAUGCCUGAAUGGAUGGCUUAUGCUGAGAAAUCUGGGAUUACACAUACAGUGUUUGAUUCAUCUUUUGAAUUGAAAAGAAUCAAGCAAAAUUGGCCGGAUGCAAGGACCCUUAUCAGAAUAAGGGUGGACAGUGAAAGUGUUUACCAACUGGGCGAAAAAUUUGGUUGUGAUUUUGAAACUGAAGCCAUACCACUACUGAAUGAAGCUGCCGAAUUAAAAAUCAAGACGAAAAUUAUCGAGGACAGCUCAAAAAUGUGUCGUGUAAAACUAAACCUUGCGUAA